AUGAACGGGUAUACGAAGCACGAGCUCGAUGAGGAUGCAUUUGGGGAGAAGGAAAAUGUUGGAGCUGGUCUGAAAACAUUUGAUGCCUUUCCCAAAACAAAACCCAACUUCACAACCGCAUCCCGUCGCGGCGGACAAUGGACCGUAAUCAUCUUCGCUAUCUGCACAUUCCUCACCUUCGGCGAGUUCGUCAACUGGUACCGCGGCACCGAAAACCAACACUUCAGCGUCGAAAAGGGCGUUUCCCGUCAACUCCAAAUGAACAUCGAUAUGGUCGUCAAAAUGCCGUGCAAUGAUCUCCGAGUCAACGUGCAAGAUGCCUCAGGCGAUCACAUCAAGGCCGGCGUGCUGCUGACGAAGGACGGCACGAAUUGGGAGUUGUGGAAUGAGAAGCUCAAUCAGCAGUCGUCAAACGGCGUACCGGAAUAUCAAACGCUCAAUGAAGAAAAUGUGAAACGAUUGAUGGAUCAGGAAGAGGAUGUGCAUGCCAGGCACGUCCUGUCGCAUACGCGCAGGAAUCCAAAGAGGAAGUUUCCCAAGACUCCUAGGUUGUCGUCAAAGUAUCCCACGGAUUCUUGCCGCAUUUAUGGCAGUUUGGAGUCGAACAAGGUCCAUGGUGACUUUCAUAUUACGGCUCGUGGACAUGGUUAUAACGAAGUUGGUCAACAUCUAGACCACUCGAAAUUCAACUUCACCCACAUGGUCACCGAACUCUCCUUCGGCCCUCACUACCCAUCCCUGCUUAACCCGCUCGACAAAACAGUCGCAUCCACUGAAACCCACUACUACAAAUUUCAAUACUUCCUCAACAUCGUCCCCACAAUCUACGCAAAGGGCAACAACGCCGUCGAAAAGUACACCGCAAAUCCAGCCAAAGCAUUCAAGAAAUCGCGCAACACCAUUUUCACAAAUCAGUAUUCGGCGACUAGUCAAUCGCUUUCUCUGCCUGAGAGCCCUUACAACGUACCUGGAAUAUUUUUCAAAUACAAUAUUGAGCCGAUAUUGUUGUUUGUGAGUGAAGAGCGGGGUAGCUUUUUGGCGUUGGUGGUGAGGUUGGUAAAUGUUGUUUCGGGUGUGAUUGUGACGGGUGGUUGGUUGUAUCAGUUGACUGGAUGGGCGACGGAGGUGUUGAGACGCAGGAGACGUGGAGGGUAUUCGCAGGGUGUAUUGAAUGGAAGGACUCAUUCGGCUGAGGACGAGGAGUGA